AUGGCUCUUCAUCUCAAAUCGACCAUUCUUUUGGCAUUGUUGGCGGCUACAGUAUCCGCCGAUUUUUCGGCAAGCUUCCGAAAUUUCAUCAAUGCCACCUAUGGAGAAGCCAGAUUGACUGCAUUAGCUAGAACUGAUUUGGGAGCUGAUGGAAGUUAUGGAGGUGGAAAUCAUGAUGGAUUGAGCCAGACUAACAAACGUCCCAUCAUCCUGGUCCAUGGAAUCACCAAUACCGCCGGGACAUUCACCCCUCAGAGAAAUUAUUUCAAAUCGAAUGGAUGGACAGAUGAGACCGUAUACGCUACCACCUAUGGAGCAGGACCUGCUGUAAAUGUGAUCAAUGUGAAAAUGGAAUGUGGAUUCGUUCAACAAAUCAGAAAUAUGAUUGAAGCUGUGUAUCAAUUCACUGGCCAAAAAGUGGAUGUGAUUGGCUAUUCUUUGGGAUCUCCAAUUGCCAGAAAAGCGAUUAUGGGCGGGAUUUGUGUUGAUAAUGUAAAUGUUGACCUUGGUGGACCAUUGACGAAUAAAGUGGAGACUUAUGUUUCUGUUGCUGAUUCCCGGAAACCACGACACCAUCCUCACCAGCACCGUCGCAAUGCAGAAGACUCUUCUGGACACUCACGCCUUCUAAAAAUGAUUGGAAUUUUCGUGAAUUUCCACUGCUUCUGGGCACAUUGA